UGACUCUAGUCCUCCAGGAAGCACGCCAGUCAUCCGGGGAUCCAGGUAAUUCUCAGCCAAGGGACCAAUGCCAUCUCGCAUCUGCAUCUUUCUGUAUGGGUUCUCGGGUGCUUCUGCAGCGCAGCUCCAUUCCUGACAUCCCGUGGUCCUGCGUCAUGCCCAUGCCCAUGCCCAAGCCCACGCCCACCGUCACCACUUCUCCGUUCCCUCUCCGUUCCCUCUCCGUUCCCUCUCCGCUCCCUCUCCGCUCCUCUACUGCAUACCCUCACGCCGUUCUGCCACCAUGCAACUCUGGCCAACAAGAGACACUUGACGAAGGAGCUAGACCCACGCAACGUGAACCAAACGGCGCAGUAUUCCGUCAACGUAUUUGGACCAUCCAAUGUGAGUCGGCCGUUUUGUCUCCCGGCCGCUCCCUCCCUCUCUCCGCUCUCCGUUUGGACACCUGCUUGCGUCUAAUGGGCCGCCCUCGACUCUUGCCAUGGACGUCCCCUUUACCAUGCUUGUCCAAGUCGACUUGGUCUGUAUGUAUCUCAUCAUCUUGUACUCUAAUGACACCCCUUCCUUAACAGAGGGAGUACAACGUACUUACCAUGCAAGACAAGCCGAGCCGAAGACCUGAUCGGUACAUGGCGUCCCUCAAUGGAGAUUUAUAUCACCCUGAGGUCUGUUCGGCCGGCUUCCUGACACGCUGCAUCGGGCUUCUUCCUUACUGCCACAGUACGCAGGACACACCACUAUGGCGCAUAUGUCUCGGCUCUCCUCAACUUGACUACUUCC